AUGGCCGAGUUUGCGACAAACAAUCAUCCUUCGGAAACAACAAAAGUCUCUCCUUUUUAUGCCAAUUCGGGAAGAAAUCCAAGGAUGACUUUUGGUCCUUUGGAACAUGGUCAAACGAGGGUGGACAAUCAAGCGAACCGUAUUGCAAGAGAAAUGAAGGAUGUAGUGGAUUUUCUAAGAGAAGAGAUGUUUCGGGCGCAAAGGAUACAAGAAGAGUCAGCCAAUAGGAAUCGGACUACAGCUCCUCGUUACUAUUUAGGAGAUAAAGUUUUCCUAUCGACCCGUCAUAUUCUAACAAAGCGGCCUUCUAAGAAAUUCGACUGGAAACGUAUUGGAUCUUAUAGCGUUAAGUGGAUCAUCAAUCCCUAUGCUUACGAGUUGGAACUUCCCCGAUCGAUGAAAAUUCAUCCAGUAUUUCAUGUUUCGUUAUUGUCACCCGAAGCAAAUGAUCCUUUACCAGGACAACAACAAUUGCCACCACCUUCGGUUGAAAUCGAAGGGGAGGAAGAAUGGGAAGUCAAAGAUAUUUUGGAUUCGAGGAAAUGA